GUCAAAAUUAUCAAUAAUAAAAAAUCUGCGUAGGGCUUAGGACUUCACGUUUCGUCGUUGCGUAAAUUUUACGAAGCCGGCCGUAUAUUUGCGAAAAUAAGCAGGUUCUUAUUUCUCGAAUGAUAAAACAGUAACAGAGUCAAGAAACGAUGGCUACACAAUUUCUAAACAGAAUCGGUCAAAUUGGAUUGGGCGUUGCAAUCGUCGGUGGAGUGGUGAAUUCGGCGUUAUAUAACGUGGACGGUGGCCAUCGGGCGGUGAUAUUUGAUCGAUUCGCUGGUAUCAAACAGCAGGUAUCCGGAGAAGGCACACACUUUUUCGUUCCCUGGGUGCAGCGACCGAUCAUCUUCGAUAUCCGAUCGCAACCAAGAAAUGUUCCCGUUGUAACCGGUAGUAAAGAUCUUCAGAAUGUGAACAUCACACUGCGUAUUUUGUUCCGUCCGGUACCGGAUCAAUUGCCGAAGAUCUACACUAUUUUGGGUCAGGAUUACGAUGAAAGAGUGUUGCCUUCUAUUACCACCGAAGUGUUGAAAGCGGUUGUAGCUCAGUUCGAUGCCGGUGAGUUGAUCACUCAACGAGAAAUGGUUUCCCAGAAGGUUUCGGAUGAUCUGACCGAGCGUGCCGCACAAUUUGGAGUGAUUCUGGAUGAUAUCUCUAUCACGCAUUUGACUUUCGGCAAAGAAUUCACACAAGCCGUAGAAAUGAAGCAAGUUGCACAGCAGGAAGCUGAAAAGGCACGUUUCAUGGUGGAAAAAGCAGAACAAAUGAAAAAAGCUGCCAUCGUAUCAGCUGAGGGUGAUGCUGAAGCAGCAGCUUUGCUUGCUAAAUCCUUCGGCGACAGCGGUGACGGCCUGGUAGAGCUGCGACGAAUUGAAGCUGCGGAAGAUAUCGCUUAUCAGCUGAGUCGAUCGCGAGGUGUUGCCUAUCUGCCGGCCGGACAAACGACGCUGCUCAGUUUGCCUCAGUAGUUUGGUGACGUUCAGCGGAAACCAGAUGGAACGCAUUUCAGUUUUUGAAUAGUUAGCAGUCAGCCGGUUGUCAGGAGAUAAGAUUUAUUUUUUAACGGUACUGAGCAACAGUUCUACUUAUAUGGGAGUCUGGCAAAAAUAAUCAUUUCAAAAGCUAAAAUUAUCCCGUCUGAUAGCUGUUGCCAUUGCCAUUUAGUUUCUACGAGAAAUGGGAUAUGCAUUCGUUUUUGACGUUUUUAUGUUCGCAGUUUGCAUUCAGCUAGACGCAAGUUAUGACUAAAAUGAAAUGUUCGAUCAUUCAACUUCGCUUCAAAUGCCAGAAUCCAAUUUCUUUUCUAUUCCAGUGUAAAAAAUGGUCAAUAAAUGGUAAUGUGAAAUUA